CAGCAUGUUAUCUUUCAGUCCUCGGAGAGGCAGGGAACAGUAUAAAAUCUCACUGUGUGACAGAAAGACACUCACUCUUCAGGCUCUCAGAUCUGGUGCAACCAUGUUGGUUUUCUCUUGGUCUCUUGUGACUCUGCUGCUGGUGUCCACUUCCUGGGCAGAGAAAGAGGUUUCUACCACAGAGGAGGACACACACAGCCAGCUUUCUGUUAGUGAGCUGCUGGAGAGAGCCAACAGAAACCGCAAACCGGACAUUGAUGAGCCUACCUUGGUUGAAGGUGACAUUGCUAUCAAAUCUGGAGCUGACAGAAAUGCUGACCCCUGUACUGCCAGAGGCUGUAUGUGGUUAAAGUGGAGUGAUGGGAAAGUCUACGUCCCGUACUACAUCGCCAACCACUACUCCUCCCGUGAGAUCGCCAUCAUCACUCGUGGACUGGAGUCCUUCUCUUCAGUUUCCUGCAUCCGUUUCAGACCCUACCAGAAUGGGGAUCAUGAAUGGCUGAGCAUUGAGUCCAGAAAUGGUUGUUACUCCUAUGUGGGUCGCCAGGGUGGCGCUCAGACUGUGUCUCUAAGCCGUCAGGGCUGUCUUUACCACAACACUGUCCAGCAUGAACUGCUCCACGCCCUUGGCUUCAAUCAUGAACAGACCCGUUCUGACAGGGACAAUUACAUCAGGGUGUACUGGGAAAACAUCAUUCAAGGCAUGGAGCACAACUUCAAUAAGAUUGCUACUCUGAACCAGGGAACUCCUUAUGACUACAACUCAGUCAUGCAAUACGAGAGGUAUGCCUUCUCCAAGAACAACCUACCCACUAUGGUGCCCAUUCCCGACAGCAAUGUAUCCAUGGGCAAGGCCACCGAGAUGAGCAAGAAUGACAUUGAUAGGUUGAACAGACUCUAUCAGUGCUAAACUGCACCUUGGACAUAUGACCUGCCACCUUGAUGACAUCACAGCCUGCCAGGAAGGACGUGGAUUAUCGGGGCAUUUGGAGUUAUAGAAUCAAAAGCGUUAAAAUGUAACGCUGUCUGUUUAAUAAAAUGCAAAGGGACAACGACCCAAAAUUUA